GGGAGGAGACGCUCACCGGAGCGCAGCAGAAGCAGCCGUUAACUUUAGAGGGAAACCUGGUCACCAUGGUGAAGCGCGCGUUCUCUGUCCUCUCCAUCGCGCUCGCGGCGCUGCUGCUUGUUCCACAGUUUCUGCGUGCUGGGCGCGCCGGGGAGGCUCCGGCAGCAGCGGAGUACUACACCAAAACCGAGCAGGAUUACGAGUUUGGGGACUACAGAGGGAAGUGGUGCAUUGAUGACCACGGUUUCGUAUACAGCAUCGGAGAGGUUUACUAUCCGAGCCCCACGGCCUGCCCGUGCACGUGCACCGUGGAUGGCCCCGUAUGCGUCCGACCCAGGUGUCCCCGCAUCCACCCGCGGUGCACGCGGAUCAGGUAUAAGGCGUGCUGCCCUGUGUGUGAGGCCAUGGCCAAGGUCUGCGUCUACGGAGGGAAAACCUACAGACUGCUGGAGGAGUUCAGGGUGUCAAGGUGUGAGCGGUGUCGCUGUGAAGCUAACAGAGAGGUGUACUGCAGCAUUUCCGAUUGCCCGGCCCCUCACUGCGUAAACCCCACCUAUGAGCCCAACCACUGCUGUCCCAUCUGUAAAAAUGGUCCCAACUGCUUUGCUGGAAGCAGGGUGAUCCCAGCAGGGGAACGUGUGAACAUUGAUGGGCAGACGGUGUGUUACUGCACCUACAGGGACGGAACGUGGCACCCUCACCCCCAUGCCACCUGCGAACAGCAACCCCAGCCUAGCCCAACAUUCAGUACACGCACUGAGCCCCCCAGGGAUGAGGACACAGGGAGGAAACUGUUUCCUAGACUAGAUCUGAUCCCCUAAAUUAGACUGAAGCAGAGCUCCUGUUAAGUUACAAUCAAACCCCAGUUUUCAAGUAAUGGGACCCAGAAAAAUUAGUUUCUGAGAUAUCAUAUAGCUUCUUAUGACUCCGACACCUGGUUCCUGAGUCUGGCUGUCCUCCCGCACAUAUGUCUAUUGUAGUAUUAGGGAAUAACUGUUAAGGUUUGUACAUCUUACCCACAUUCAGCAUUAUUUAGGUUCUGAGAUUUACUUAUAAAUAUUGAAAUAUAUUCUAAGUAAAAUGAGAUCAUAUUAUAGUCACUAACAAAGAAACUGUGGCACAAUGUAGCGAGAAAAUGUUAAAAAGUGUUGGAAAAGGUAGGAAAAGUAGUAAACCGUGUAGAUAGCUAUCAUGCAGCUGAAGUUCUGUAGCAUGGUGGAACUCCAGAUGUGACCCACAUCUGCUGUUUGCAGACACAAAUCAACAGGAAUACGAUUACUUACACAUGAAUAAUAUAAUAAACAAAUAAAUAUUUACAAAUAUUUUAUUUACAGAAACAUAUCUGAUUGUUUUACUAUUAACUUGUUUAAUGAACACAUGCUGGAACAUUAUGGAAGCAAAUGUGUCCCAAUAUUCAGAUUAAAAUGUAUUAAUAAAAUGCUUUUAUUAUGUUUUAAUUUGAAUAUUGGGACACAUUUGCUUCCAUAGAACACAACCUGACUUACCUAUUAAACCCAGUGGGUUGGGCUAUCACUGAUCUGGUUUAAAUAAACUGAAAUGAACCUUCUGUACAGGUUAACUAAAGUGAUGGUCCACAGCGACAGUUUCAGGUAUUUUAUGUUGGACAAUGACAUAAAAAUAAAAUAAAAACAUAAGAAAAUAUUGAAAAUGUGAUUUUAACACCUGACUUUUAAUUUUAUUCUUUUAAUUGCAGUCAUCUGUAAAUAAUGUGGAUAUAUUUAGUUCUGAUUUUAUUUCAUUAGGACCAGCAUUAAGAGCUGCACCUUUCCAAUACGAACUUCUCAUGUUUCCUGUUGGGGACCCACCGAGGGGCCAGUGACCACUUUUAUAAAUUAGCUGGUGCUGCCACUGUCCAAGUCUUAAAUGCAUCAUUUUCAUGACUAUGAAUUUAGUUUUACCAUGCUGUUUAUUCAAGCAGUUAUCUGUUUCUAUCCUUUAUGACUAGCUACUUCUGAAUGCCCAUCCCCCUACAGUAUAAUAAAUCUCUUACAUUCUGUUACGGCUGUAAAUUCGGGUGUGUCCCCCACAUGUUGAUUAAUGGACCUCAUCUGGACACCUCUUUGAAAACCUUUCUGAAGGCGCCCCCUGCUGGUAGGAUGGGCAUUACUUUGUCCAAACCAGAACCUUAUUUCUAUAUUAACUCGCCAAUUAGCCAGGACUUUUAUAAUUCUAGUCUAAAGAAGUGUCUGGUUAAAACUAAUGAAGUAAUGUAUAAAACAGUGUGAAGCGACCUCAUUGAUGCAGAAGUGAAGGGGUCUGGUUUUUAAGAGAUUUUUAACAAUGUUUUACCAUCUGAAUCUGUACUGCUGCAUCUCCCGACUGUUGAAAUAAAAUCAGUUACCUCA